ACCCUAGCCCUAACCCUAGCCCUAACCCUAGCCCUAACCCUAACCCUAGCCCUAACCCUAACCCUAACCCUAGCCAUUUGCUCAUGCUCUGCUGCACAGCACAGUCAUAUCUGACUAAGAUUAUAACAUGGUGUCAGAAGUGCUUCAACCUCGUCAUUUAAAACAGGAUAGAUUAUUUCACAGAAAACAGUAAUAGUGUUCCUUGAGUUUUGCCAGUUUUCAGUGAGUUUUCUUUCAUUUCUCUUCAUUGAGCAGAGCAGCCCAAGCAGAGCAGUUGCUAUAGAUACUCACAGACUCAAAGCUGCCAUGAGCAGAGUGCAUGAAGAGCGAGAUGUGCGCAGGGAGUGAAUGACAGACAGAGAGGAGCAGCUAAUGGAUUUACUAACGGAGGAAGUUAUUUCUGAUUUGGGGUUUCGGGCAGUGCUGGGCCGAGCCUUAAAUCUGUUAGAACAAUCGGGCCUGGGUAGGGUAGGGCCUGAUCGUCGCGGGCAUGUGUUGGGCUUGGGUUUAAAAUUCAUUCCUGUGCAGGGAUCUAACACGGGGGACCCCAAGGGGUGUGUGCUCAGCCCCCUCCUGUACUCCAUGUUCACCUAUGACUGCUUGGCUAUGUAUGACUCCAACUCAUUCAUCAAGUUAGCUGACAGCCUGUUUACCAACAAUGAUGACAUAGACGACAGGGAGGAGGGAGGAGGUGAGGACCCUGGCGGAGUGGUGCCAGAAAAAUAAUCUCUCCCUCAACUUAAACAAAAACGAAGGAGUUUAUCGUAGACUACAUGAGACAGAAGAAGGAGCAAGCCCCCAUCCACAUCGACAGGGCUGCAGUGGAGAGGGUCAAAAGCUUCAAGUUCCUUGGCGUGCACAUCACUGAGGACCUUCUUCACCACCGACACCGUGGUGAAGAAGGCACAACAGCAUCUUUACAACAUCAGGCGGGUGAAGAAAUCCGGCAUUGCCCCUAAGACCCUCACUAACUUCUACAGAUGCACCAUUGAGAACAUGCUGUCUAGCAACUGCACCGCCCUCAACCGAAUGGCUCUACAGAGGGUGGUGCGGUCAACCCAACGCAUCACCAGGGGAACGCUGCCUGCCAUCCAGGACAUUUACAGCACUCAGUGUCAAAAGAGGGCCAGGAAGAUCAUCAAGGACCUCAGCCACCUGAGCCAUGGUUUGUUCACUCUGCUACCAUCCAGCAGACAGAGACGGUACAGGUGCAUCAAAGCGGGGACCGAGAGACUGAAAAACAGCCUCUACCUCCAGCCAUCACCCCAUCUCCAGUAAUGGGCGACCAGGAUGUUUAUGACAGAAUGUUUGGGUCCCAGAUAGACAGAGAGAUGAACGAGGAUAAAGAUGAAGGAGAAAGUGAAACGAGGGGGUCGGGGAAAGGCGCUCAGAGUUUCUGCCAGUUCUCGUCCUCUCUGCGUACUGUGGUUCGCAUCAAACAGAAGUACCAGGCCAUGAAGAAACGACGGCUGGAGUUGGCCGGGCUGGGGGGAGGAGGGCUAGUGUUAGGGGCUGGUCUCCACACUGGUGCCCCUGUUCGCAGCAGCCCCAAAAUCUUCACCUUCGAGACCCCCUCCAGCUCCCCCUCUGCCUUAUCGUCGCUCUUCCUAAAGAUGAAGAAGAAGAAGUCGCGGCGGGUCAUGUUCCCCAGUGGAGGGGGGCGCAAGGCCCCCGUCGUACAGGAACACAGCCGAGCAAAGAUCUGCCUCUUCCUCCUCUGCACCAUCCUCUUCUUCCAGGUGUAUAAUGCCAUAGAGAACCUUGAUGACCACGUCCUGAAGUAUGACCUGGGGGGAUUAGAGAAGACUCUGUGUAGGGAGGUGUUUGGCCAGCAGGGGGCGAUGGAUGCUCUGUUAGCCCAGCUCAGAGACUACCUCUCUACCUACGUCCACAGUAAACCCCUGGUCCUCUCCUUACACGGACCCAGUGGCGUGGGGAAGAGCCACGUAGGGCGACUCCUGGCUGGCCACUUCCGCUCGGUGGUAGGCGAGCCCCUGGUUCUACAGUACUUUGUGUUGCACCACUGCCCCCUGGAGGACGAAGCCUGGCGCUGCGCCCGAGCCCUGUCGAUCUUAGUGUCAGAGACAGUGCUGAGAGCAGAGGAGGAGGAGAAAAUUCCUCUUUUCAUCUUUGACGAAGCAGAGCACCUUUACCCAGAGCUUCUUGAUGCAUUGAGUGACUUGGUCCGCUCAAACCGCUCCAACGAAUACCUGAACGCAGUCUACCUGUUCCUGAGCAACCAAGGACACACCCACAUCACCAUGCACCUGCUGUACAACUCCUCCAGCGACUCCAUGAUGACCGCAUCUGGACACCACGGCAAACUCGUCAAGGAGCUGAAUCCGUUGUUGCGCAACACUCUGGUGAAGCUCCACCCACUGUGGGCAGAAGCUGAACUCUUACCAAUGACCCUGCUGGAGAAAGGUCACGUGAUGGAGUGCUUCCUGGAUGAGAUGACAAGGGAGGGGUUCUACCCGGACCGUACCAACGUUGAGAGGCUGGCGGGGGAGAUAGAGUACUACCCUGUGGUAGGGGGCCACGUGUAUUCCCGGACAGGUUGUAAACAGGUGGUUGCUAGGGUCAAUUUGCUAUGAGAGACUUAGAACUGCAGGGAAAUGGUGUGAUUAGAUGAGAUGUCUCCUGAGAAAAGACAGUUCUGGUCCAUAUCCUUUUGGUGUUUCUUAUGAUCCACCAAGCAAACAUUACCAACGUUACAAGCCAGAACCCAUCCUUGAAAAACAUUUUUAAAUAAAAAGGUAUAUGUCUGAGAA